GCGGGGACGCCGUCCCGUCAUCAGCGCGGCUCUCUCCGUCCGUGGCACUUGUGGGAACACGGAAUCUCGGUGAGUUCGUCUGCUGAACAGAACUUGCUUAUCAGCAGUUACAUGAACCGUUCCCUCUUUAACAACGGACAACGUUUCAUCAGCAUCCAGCGGCCCAUCCCUUCAGUUGAAACUCGGUACUUACUAUUUCAGCCUGCUGACCGAACGACUGGACGUCACACUGCAUCUGCUCACCGAUUGACCGAUAAGCUGAUCGACCAAAACGACCUAAUGUAACCUCUCUCUCCAUUUAAUUUUAUUCAUACAUACUCUCUCACCUCAUUAUCGUGAAUGACGUGAAUUCCACCACCACCACUCGGCCGCCGUGACCACACAUCCCUAAACAAACACAUCUACCGCCGCCCCUACCUCAACCAAACAACACAAUAAGUACCCCGAGAGCUGAAUCACCAUGGCCGACUACGACCAGCCCACCAUGGGCGCCUCGACAGCCGCAGCCGCCGCACACGCCCAGCUCAAAAAAGUCAAGAAGCAAAAAGUCCUGCUCAUGGGCAAAUCCGGGUCCGGCAAGUCGUCCAUGCGCAGCAUCAUCUUCAGCAACUACCUGGCGCGCGACACGCGCCGCUUGGGGGCCACCAUCGACAUUGACCUGUCGCACGUCAAGUUCCUCGGCAAUCUGACGCUCAACCUGUGGGACUGCGGUGGGCAGGAGGCUUUUAUGGAGAACUAUCUCUCGCAGCAGCGGGCGCACGUGUUCAGCAACGUCGGGGUGCUCAUCUACGUCUUUGACAUUGAGUCGCGCGACGUGGACCGCGACUUGGCGACGUACGUCAACAUCAUUUCGGCGCUCGUGCAGUACAGCCGCGAGGCCAAGGUGUUUGUCUUGAUUCACAAGAUGGACCUGAUCCAGCCGAUGACGCGCGAAGAUGUGUUUGAUCGCCGCGUUGCGCUGGUGAGACGCAAGACGGCCGAGGCGGUGGCGAUUGUACGGAAGCAGAAGCCCGAAGUUUCUGGAGUAGGAGUAGGAGGAUUACCCGGCCCCGGCGGCGGCGGCGGCGGCGGUGGUGCCAUGAUGGCAGGCUCCCUCCCCUCCCCGGAACUCUCCACGCCCAUCCCCGACCUCGAAGUGGAAAUGCAACUCUUCGCCACCUCCAUCUGGGACCAAUCUUUGUACAAGGCCUGGGCCUCCAUCAUCCACGACCUCGUCCCCAACCUGUCCGUCAUCGAAACCCAACUGGCCUCUCUGGGUGUAGCAAUCGAUGCCGAUGAGAUCCUCCUCUUCGAACGCACCUCCUUCCUGGUUGUCUCCAAAUGGACCUCUCCAGAAGGGGAAUCCAAUCCCUACGGCGACCGCUUCGAGCGCAUGUCCAACAUUUUGAAGGCGUGGAAACACACGUGCUCAAAGUAUACGGGCACGCCGAGAAACGCCGAGCAGUUUUCGGACUUUGAGUACAAGAUGGGCGCCAACUUUAGCAUGUUUGUCACCAAAUUUACGACGAAUACGUACAUUCUCGUGUGCAUGCCACCGGGCGAGGCGAGGUUCAACAGCGCGAAACUGAACGUGGCGGCGGCGAGGCCGUGGUUUAGGUUCCUGGAUGGCCCCAUGAUUGCGCCGACGGCGGGCAUCGGGAGUUCUCAGAUGUUAAGCGGGUUGGCGGCGGCGGGGGGUGAAGUGGCGUAGAUGAGCGUGGAGGGGGAGGGGCGCUUAAGGGGUAGAAAAUGUGGUGGAGGGAGAAUUCCAGACAUGGUAUCACGGCCCUGGAAAGAACACGGCCGGGUUCGAGCGGAUCGAGAAGAGGCAUUCAAGGUUGCAAAAUGGGCGAAAGGGCAUCUUCUACGUGGGUGGGGUUUGGGGUGAUUUGGGUUUGGCACACGAUAUUGUCUGAUGGCUGCGCAAAAGCCAGACUGGGGGCAUGCAGCACGCCCGUGAAACACAACGUCCCUUUGAUAUUAUGUCCUGGGCUUUCUUUGGUCUGUAUGAUUUUCUUAUUCGGGAUUUGCAUUUUGUUACACAGCAAGUUAUUUGCGUUAGGGGUCGAUGAUACCCAUAGCAGUCACGGCGACGGCGACGGAGGCGUUUCAAAAAUAUUGAGGGGAGAAGACACUUCGAACAAAACUUAUGUUAUGCAACAUGGUUAACAAGGGAACGUCUGUUGGAGCUUCCUUCUUUGGAAUCUACAGACGAAACUAAUUACUGUCUAGCCUCGAUUUGCUUGCUGUGUUGGCCUGUAAUGUGCCCGUAAAUAAAACCCCUUUACCCAUUAAAACCCCUGGAAAUACCAUGCCC